CCAAGUGCCCCCCCACCCCCUCCUUGUCUUUCAGUCAAUGUCAGUUUUCAGUAAUAACGGCCAAACACACCAUAAAUAUGGAAAUCUGUGGGCUGUUCCCGUCGGAGUGAACGGUUCUGUCAAAUCGGAGUCGAUGUCACCGGACGGCAGCGGUGUCAUCCGACCGAGUGCACUGCCUGCGCCUGGAAUAAGUUUUUUUCUCCACCCCCCCCCCCAACCCCCCUCUAUGCAACCCCCUCCUUUCCUUUCUCCCCUUGGGACUGUAAAUAAGCUUGGGUUGUGAAGAUCCUUGAGGAGUCCUCCCCCUCAUAUGCUUCCUCACCAGCCCUUUCUGACUCCCCUGCCCACUCAAACUCUGUUGCUUAUGCUGCUGAAGGGGGCCAAGGAGAUGCUCAGAUGAUCCAUUGGGCUAUUCUGAACCACACCAUCCACACAGCCCCGGACAGAGAAGAAUAACUAGUCCGAGUUUGAGAAAAUCCUUGGAGGGUGCUGGUAGCCCUCUGUAAAGCCGGCCUGCCAAGCCUGGCAGAAAGCUUGGCUCGCCCAUUCCCUCCUGUAGCCCCUGAGAUGCCCUCCCCCCCAAAUGAUGGAGAGGAUCAAGGAGCGUCCCCCGUGAACGGGCCAUCUGUGGGCUCCUACCGAAGCAGCGGGAAGAGGAAGGUGCGCACCAAAAAGAAGAAAGGCACCAUCACUGCCAAUAUCGCUGGCACCAAAUACGAAAUCGUUCGUAUAGCCAUCAAUGAGAUGGACUUCAUCAAGGCACGUGAUGACGAUGAGACUGCAAACCUCAUCUGGAAUGACUCAGCCGUGCAGCAUGAGAAAAUCGCUGAGCUCAGGAACUAUCAGAGAAUUAACCAUUUCCCUGGCAUGGGCGAAAUCUGCCGGAAAGACUGCCUUGCAAGAAACAUGUCCAAAAUGAUCAAGUGCCAGCCUCAAGAGUACAGCUUCAUACCCAAAACCUGGAUCUUCCCUGCCGAGUACACUCAGUUCCAGAACUAUGUAAAGGAGUUACGAAGGAAACGCAAGCAAAAGACCUUCAUUGUCAAACCAGCCAACGGAGCCAUGGGCCAUGGGAUCUCGCUUAUCCGAAACUGCGAGAAGCUUCCAGCCCAGGAACACUUUAUCGUUCAGGAGUACUUGGAUAAGCCCUUUCUGAUGGAGGGCUACAAGUUUGACCUGCGCAUCUACAUCCUGGUGACUUCCUGUGACCCGCUUCGGAUUUUUCUUUAUAAUGAUGGCCUGGUCCGCAUGGGCACAGAGAAGUACCACGCACCCAGCGAGGCCAACCUGAGCCAGCUCUACAUGCAUCUGACAAACUACUCAGUCAACAAACACAAUGAGAACUUUGAGCGAGAUGAGACGGUGGACAAAGGCAGCAAGAGGUCCAUCAGCUGGUUCACAGAGUUCCUCCGCACCAGUGACUACGAUGUGGCCAAGUUCUGGGGAGACAUCUCGGAGCUUGUGGUGAAAACACUGAUCGUGGCCGAACCCCACGUGCUGCACGCUUACCGUAUGUGUCGCCCCGGUCAGCCACCAGGGAGCGACAGCGUCUGCUUCGAGGUCCUGGGCUUUGACAUCAUCCUGGACCGCAAACUUAAACCUUGGCUGCUGGAGAUCAAUAGAGCUCCGAGCUUCGGGACCGAUCAGAAGAUUGAUUACGAUGUGAAGAAAGGGGUGCUGCUCAAUGCUCUCAAACUCCUAAAUAUUAGGGCCAGUGAUAAGAAACGCAACCUGGCCCAGCAGAAGGCAGAGGCUCAGAGACGGCUAUAUGGACAUGGCUCCAUGAAGAAACUCUCAGCAGCUUCCUCAGAUUGGGAGAAACAGCGUCACACAUUGGAACGAAGAAGAGAAGAGCUGAAAGAGCGACUUGCACAGGUCCGCAAGCAGAUUUCCAGAGAAGAGCAUGAAAAACAACAUCUGGGCAACUACAGACGUAUUUACCCCCCAGACGACAAGCUGCUGUUGGAAAAGUAUGAAAGCCUGCUCUCGGCCGCCUUUCAGACCUUCCUCGCCGGGCGAGCUACCUCACUUCAAAAGGAAAUGAAUAAUCCUCUAAAACGAAUGAAGGAGGAAGACAUACUAGAUCUACUGGAGCAAUGUGAAUUGGACGAUGAGAAGCUGAUGGGCAAAUCCUCCAGGCAACGAGGCCCAAAGCCAUUGACCGCCAUGCCAGAGUGCAGUCAGACGCCAAGACGUCAGCGACCAGAUUACCUGGCCGACUUUACCAGCGGCAGCAGCGCUGACAAUUCCUGCUCCUCUUCAGAUGAAGACGAGGAGGAAAGAAGAAAAACAGUUGGAAGAAGUGGAGACAAAAGAGGGGAGAAGAAAGUUUCCUACGACCUUAGUGAGAGCAAGGAGAAGUACUUGGCUGAACGAUCGGGGCGCAUACAUUGGAAACCUCCAAUCAAGUCAGUGAAAACCAGCACAGCCCCGUCUGCUUCCCCAACACUUUCUGGUCCAAUCAGACGCUCCAUAUCCUGCCCUCGCUCUAUAGCAUCCCUUUCAUCUCCCAACGAGGCGCGAGCAUUGUCGACCCGGCCCUCUCCUACAGUUCCCGUGGCCACGGCGCUUGUCAGACCAAGCUCAGCUACGCUUCGCUCUCAUUCCCUCAGCCGCAGCGGCUCCGCCCACCGUGUGCCUCACAGCAACAGCCUGGGCACCAUCCACUCUAAUAUAGGUGAUCCUCUGAUAAACCUGAGGAGUAAGGAGCAGGAGGCAGAGCUGGUGCGGCAGACCCUGUCAGUGCUCACCGCCAUGCGGAUCAGGUUUCCAGGCAAGACAGAAGAGGAGGCCGAAGCUGUGCUGGACGAGAUCCUGGACAACUGGAAAUACCAUAAACCAAAGGUGGCCUCGUAUUGGCUGGUUAAGUUGGACUCAACCAAACAGCGAAAGGUGUUGGACAUUGUGCGCACCAAUGUGCGCUCGGCAUUGCAGCGGAUCUGGAGGGAGCCAGACGUAGACAGCCUUCACCUCUACCGGCUUUUUAACCGUGUCUUCAACCGACUGCUCUGGAGUCACGGCCAGGGCCUGUGGAACUGCUUUUCCAACACUAGUUCAUCAUGGGAGUCUAUCUUCAGCAAGUGCAGUGAGGUGGUGUCCCCCCAGGAGCUGCAGUGCUGCCGCCGGCUGGUCCAGCUGUGCAGGGACUGCCUGUUGAUUGUCUACAAGUUUGUCUCUGAGUCCCGGGGCUCUCUAAGUGGCCUCAGCCCCGAAUGGGAUGAUACCAGGUACCUGCUGCCAGUGACCUCCCAGUUCAUCAUGAAGUGGCCUUCAUCCAGCUUUGGCCGCGUCUCCUCGGCCGUGCCACGCUCCCGCAGCCUUUUUGCCGCCAGGAUGGACCACUUCUGAGGUCACCGUGGCAACCCUGGCUCCUGACACCUCGCCUUUUGACCUCAACCAACCCCCUUUCUCCCAUCACUUUCUCGCAGCCAAACCCAGAUCUUAGUAAUCCCGGUAUGGAUCUGAAAUUCCGAGCAGCUCUGGACACCGAAUGGGGCCUCGGGCUUGCCCAAUCGCCUCGUGGAAGAUCAACAAAGCAACAUAGGACAUUUUGGGGUUAAUAAAGGGUGUUGUUCAGUUUAGUUUAGUUUGGCCCCUCUCAGACCAGCAGACCAGCGGUAUCCUCCACCCCUCACCUCAGUCCCAGUCCGUUGCCAUUGUAUUUGCUGUAUCAUAUUCCACUGUACAGUUACAAGUCAUGGUACUGUAAAAGAAAAAGAUAAUAAAUGCAUAACAAUUCAAGGAUUAUUUAUUUCUGUAUUAAUUCAUUUUGUGAGGUAUUCCACGGAUGCACCGAAUGCUGGUGCAGAAUUUGGAAUAUCGACCAAGCUUUUACUUUUUCUCAUUUAAAUAAGUUGAUAUUAAAGGCUUUUUUUGUGCUGACUGUAAUUCACAUGUUUUGUUUCUGUUUUCAGAUUUGAAUUUUUACUUCAUAACUUAUAUUUUAUGUUUAUGACAGUCACUUAAUGUUAUUUUGGGAGUUUGAACUGAAGGUUAAAAAAAAAGGGGAUGCCCAUGCAGCUUAAAAAUGUUUAACUUUUGAAUGCUGAUGCUUUUUGUUUUACUCGUGCGAUAUUCAAGUGCAGCUCUGUUAAGCGACACAAUGUUUCGAAUGUCAGUGUAGUAGAGCCAAGCGUCUUGGCCUCCUGGCGCAUGAGCAGACUUGAAUGCCACAGCGUGAAGAGCCAAACCUCUCAAAGGGCACCCACUUGUUCCUAAUAUGCACUUUGCAGUUUGUCACAGAAAGAGAAAGCGGCUGCACAUUAGUAGAGUUUGCAUGUGUAGGAUUUAGUCUCUCUGGACGCAGACGUAGUGUUUAGACCGAAGAGCUGCGUUUUUAUUGGAUUAUACUUGAAGUUUUGUCUUGUCGUUAGUCAUGGUGUCAUUUCGAAGACGUCUCUUCACCUCUGCAUUUUGUUGUCUUGAUUACAGACGUCUUAAAGACGACAGGGAUGUGCUUCAUGAUUCAGAUUGUUCAGCACGUUGAAUGAUUUGCGUCAGCUCGUAUGUACUGUAACAGCAGUGACCACCUGGGAUGAGCAGCUUCAGCCUUUUUUUUUACCCCCCUGCUGCAUUAAGUGUGCAAGUGCCAGGGGUAUCAUGGAUGUGCCAAUAAUAAGCACGUCUACCGUGUUUCCAUUUGGGUUUUAUUUUAGGCUCACACCCUACCGCAGGACCUCAGUUAAAGUAUUACAAGUUAGUAAGAAGAAACACAGUGUUAAAUGUCUCAUUAGUUUACUUGCUCUGUGUACAAGUUUAAGAAGGUAGUCUGUACAAAACACUACAAUGUGCAUUUUAUAACGGUUUCAACUAGCAAGCGUAGCAGUAAUGCUGUGCUAAAACUGCUCAAAGUCCAGUCUAAUUUUUUCUCCCCUGUAUUUUGCCAAAAUGUUUUAUUUUGCCUGAACUCAUGUUACCUGAGAGCUGUUUCUUUUUCUGUAGAAGUAAAGGAUUUUUAAUUUUACAUAGCAAUAAAA